CAACAACAACAUCAACAACAACAAAAACAACAACAGUGUCGGCGACGGCAGCGGCCAGCUGACCAACUCGGAGAGCCGCGUGUUUUUCCUGCGCAUGAAGUGCACGCUCACUUCUAAGGGGCGCAACGUCAACCUCAAGUCUGCCUCCUACAAGAAUCCAAGAGCUUGCAGGCUACAAUGGCGAGGAAAUGAUCAAUCAGUCACUCUACGACUUCCAUCAUGCCUUAGACUCUGACGUGGUGGACAAGGCGUUUAAAGACUUGUUCUCCAAGGGCCAGACAGUGACCGGAGCCUACCGCUUCCUGGCUCGCCAUGGGGGCUACAUGUGGGUGGUCACACAGGCCACAGUCAUCAACAACAGCCGCACGCAGAAACCACAGUGGGUGGUCUGUGUCCACUAUGUUCUCAGCUACUUUGUGCCUCCAGAGAUGAAGGGAUCUGUCAGAUACCUGAACGACGAGCCAGAGGACCUGUCCUACCUGGCGCCCAAUGCUGGAGAGGAGAGCGUGCCAUUGUCCUUCUCUGCGUAUGCUAAUGACUUUCUGCUGUCGCCUGCGGUGGAGAAAUGCGUGCUGAAGAGAGAGCCAGGGACAGGGGCCAGCACUCCGGACUUGUGCUACCGUAAGGACGCCUCCCCAGCCUCCAUGAUGUCCUCCAACACCUCCUCCAGGAUUGCCAGUCCUGACGACUACCUGAGCAUGGCAGUGCCCGAUGACGUGGAGUCCAUGGACAAGUUUUUCCAGUCCAUCAAGACCAGUGAGCAGGAGCAGGACAUAGAGGACAUUGACUUUGACAUGAGGGCGCCCUACAUCCCCAUGGACGGUGACGAGGACCUGGGCCUGCUGCCCCCGUCUUCCAACGUCCUCUUUAAUCUGUCCACGGACAUCAACCCUGGGCUGUUUGGACGCACUGAGUCUGUGUUUGAACCCAAGCAGUCGCUGUUUGACGAGGAACCGGAGGCAACGGCGAAGCGCAGCGUGCGCGACAUGCUAGGGGGCAGCACGGCGGUGGCCUCCAUCGAGCAGCCCCCGGACACCAUGUACCUCCAGCUCAAACGGCCUCUAGACAUGAACAGCCUUGAAAAGGGGCCGCCCAACUUCAAGGUGCUGCGGCUGGACCAGGUGGGAGGAGUUCCAGCCAGCCCCGGCAGCAUCAGUCCCCUCCAGGAGGCACAGCCUGGACCAGUCAACAGCAGCAACAAGGACAGCGUGCUGUUGAACCUGCUGCUGCGCGGAGAGGACAGAAACUACGGCUACAAAGUGAGCAACGUUGCCAGUGUUGCUGCAGCCGCUGCUGCUAUCCAAGCUAGCAACAAGGCGAGCGUCCCGCCCGAGGUCCUUCGCUCCCAUCUCCUGCCCAACCUGACCAGGCACGACUGCGAGGUCAACGCUCCGGCCCCGGCCGCCAAUCUUCUACAGGGGAGAGAACUUCUGCGGGCUCUGGACGUGAUGCCUGCCAAAUCGCAGGCCAGAGUGGGUCACCGCUGAGAGUUGCACUGCGCUCACACACACACGGGCAACUCUCUCGUUUUUUCUGAUGGGAGGGUUCCCCUCUCAGACUUACAAGAUGAAUUGCAGUGUGUUUUGAGAAUUUUGUUUUCUCUGGCAGUUUUGUCCUCUCACGUUUCAGAUCUUCACACACACUUUCCUAGUGUAUUGAUGUCAUCACACAAAAAGCGCAGAAUUUAUUGUAACACAAGGCUUAGUCCCGAGUUGCAUGGCACAGGACAUCCGAGUAAAAUGCGUUAUAGUCUUACAUUACAUUUGUACAGGACACAGAGUGACAUGAAGUAGCCUAUGCUAGGUUUACAUUGUAAAUGGAAAGACAGGCCCUCCUUCCAUGACAGAGAUGGAACUUUGGAUCUCUCUCAUGCAUACUUGGCCUCAUACACACACACACGCACACACACUCUUUCAUACACGUGCAGGCGUACAAAUUCACAUUCUCGAAAAGGCAUUGAUGGAAACACAAUAGUGAAAUUCUGCUUUUGUUGUUUUAAGAUAAAUUGAUAAUUCUUGUGCAUUUUUAGCUUUUGAAAGUCUUGCUUUUGGAGAAAUAUAAUUUUUUCUUUUUUUUUUAUGUUGCCUAAGAAUAGAUUAGCACGGUUUUAACAGAGAGCAUAAAAAUCCAAACAUUUUGUCUGUAUCUGGCCGUGCUCACACAAAAGGGGUCCUAGGUGCUUCUGUAGUUCCUUUCUUAAACUUUAAUUUUGAUUAUUUAAGUUUUUUCAAGAGUUUAGAAGUUUGCGCUGGUUUUUAAAGUUUUGUUUUCUUUUUCAAUAAUAUAUACUGUGUUGGAGCUGUCCCAUAUUCCCAGUUAAUUUCUAAAAGUGUUUGCAUGCUGUGGUCAAUGUGCAUUGGCUGAUGCUAAUUGUCAUGCUGUCAUUAUUUGAUGACAUAAUUAACACACAGUUGUUGUUUUUUUAAUGUGAAGUGUUUGGGCAUUGUUCAGUUUUUAUGUACUGUAUUUAUCAAGAAUUUCAAUCAUUCUUCCUUAGCUCCCCCCCCCCCCCCCCCAAAAAAAAAAACCAGUUGUCCUACUCCCCUUUCAUUCUAAUGUUUAGUGCAUUACACUUGUGUAUUUUAUGAGGCCACCUUGCUUUCUCUAGCGGUCUGUUUGUUGACGUAGGUGACUAGUUGUUAUUUUCAUUACAUGUUUCUAUUUGAAUAGCCUCAACACACUUGUGCCCUUCUGACAUGAUAUUAGUAAAAUAUUACUCUUACACGUCGGUAGUUGCUUGGCCUAUCGUGUCAGCCACACAUUAUUCCCAGCUAGUGUUUAUGUACUCCACAGUCGCUCCCUCCCACUUAAUAUACACUAAUAUAAAAAAAAAGAUGUGGUUUUUUUUUCAUUGUGGAGAAGUCCACAAAAGAAAAAAAAAACACUUGGAAAAAAAAAAUAGUUGUCCUACUCUUUAACGGUCUUUUAGAACAAUAUAUUAAUCAGGGGUAUUAUAUCAUUCUUUUUAUUAACAUUCAUUCAGCAGAUGUUCUAUUCUUUAUUAUCUGUGCUCAGAUUGUUGUAGCCAUUAUUGUUUCAUCAGUCAGUCUUUAUAUUUUCCCUCAACUGAAUACAAAAGAUUUUUCAUCAGAUGAACAGCUUCCAUGUAACAAAAUGUUGUAGAGGAAAAGAAAGGGUCUACUUGUUUUUUCAUUUAUUAUCAUGCAUUUGUGAACAUUUUGAAAAUGGAAAUAGUUUUGUUGGACAGACUAGCCGACUUGUUCUUAGACGGACUAUUUGGCUACAUAUGCUGGAAUUUUUUGCUGGUCAAACAACAUUUUCUGUAAAAGGAGUAAUUUGAACGGUGGAAAAAACAUAAAAAGUACAUAGUGACUUUUAAGUUGUACUAUGGGUGGAGAAUUAGAUGUACAAUCUGAAACCAACACUUUCCCCACUGAGACCUCUAUUGUCAAAGAUAAUAGAUUUCAUCAUGUACAGGAGCCUGCUAGAACUGUUCCAGAAAGUUCCUGGCACUGUUCAAAGUGUGUAGUAAGCUUUGGCUGACCAUGACACUGUGGUCCUUGGAUGGACACCCACGGGAGACGAUCACAGAACUUUUCGCACAAAUCUCAUCCUCCUCCCUUGCCGACACGCCUCAGUGUAGAGCACCUUCCCCCAGGGGAGGGAUGGCAGUGCUGAUUGUAUAACAUUGUACACUACCUGUGCCCUCAUCUGCUUUUUAGUUAAAGAGAGGACUGGUGGUAAUGGCAGAUUUUUUACACAAAUUUUGUAUAAAAUUUGCGGGAGGGGAGGGGGUUGGGUGUUCUUUAAAGACUUUUUUUAGGACUGAGUUUAACUGAGUUUUUAAUAAUCAUUUUUUAACCGUACAGGGUUAUAGUCUUGAUACACCAUUUAGUACAUGACUAAAUCAAAGUAAACUCCCUCUUUCUUAGAGGGUUUUUGUUUAUUGCUACUCAGUGAAUAUUUUUGUAUCAUUCAGUUUUUCAGUUUUUGUUUAUGGGAGAUAAACGUUGUCUUCCUGUAUUCAGGGACUAGUCAUUAGGCUGUGCUUUUCGACUUUUUUAUUUUCAGCUGGUUAUGAUUAGUUCCUAGUGCAUUUCUGUAGGCUGAAUUGCUUGAUAAAAAAAAAUAUCAAUUGUUUACGUGUAGAAUUUUUCUUGUAAAAAUAUCCCAUUAACAAAAAUAUAGCUACUGCCUUUCCUCCCCCUGAUGGGAACAAUUAUUUUUUUGAGCCAGGGUUCUAUACUUGUCUAUUAUAUUCCAAUGUUUUGUGAAUGGAGUUUUCACACUUGCAUUAGCCUUUGACUGUGUUUGUGUGUGUGUGUGUGAGUGUGUCACAAAUGUAGGAAAGAGUGGGCCUGUAGAAGCUGCUCUUCUCCACCAACGUUACCCCAUGUGGUAUUGUUACAUUUUAUUUUCCUUACAAUUUCUGUUUGCGUGGAAGGUUGAGCCCCCCAGUGCAAUUUAUUUCCUCUUCUUUGAGAUUUCUUUGAAUUAGAUUCUCAUACAUUUGAUAGUAACAGCCAAAAAGUACAGAAGACUGCAAUUGUUCUCAGACUUGAAGUUCUUGUACUCUUUCAUGUUACUCUACACUGUACCAUUAACCCGGUUCAUGUUAGGUCAUUGAUAUUUUUGUAAGCUAACUUUUUUUUCCAGUCCAGUGAAGAUAGAUCUUUUUUCUGUCACUUUUUAUCUUAUUCUAUGUCACAUUUUCUUCAUUUUAAAGUGUGAACCAUAACGUCUAGAGCAUAGUAGGCCUAAGUGCUUAGAGAUGAUUGUGCUUAUAGUUAUAGAGAUAGAAUUUAGUUCAAGUAGAGUCAAAGUAGUUUAUCACAACAUAGUUGCGAAGUUUGUUACUCGUCUCUCUACUUUUAGGCUAAUUCUGAUGUAACUGGAAAAUACAUGGAGUUUGGGGUGGGUUUUUUUACAUACUGUCAGAGAAUCUGAUGAUUUAUGAACCAAGAACUCAUAUAUUGGUGUUCAUGUUAUAACUAGAUCAUAUAUUAUACUCUGUCUCUCACAUUCUACCUGUUUUCUUUCAUGAUACUUUGACUAAGAGAUAGAUAGUUGAAACAUGUGAAUGUUUUUCCUUUUAUGUGGAGUGAUUUUAUAGUUGAGAGAGGGGUUGUUGUUUUUUUUAUAUAGUUUCGGGAUUUUUUGUGUGUGAGGUUUGAGUGUAAUGGGGACAGGCUUGUUUUGAGAAUUUUGUUUUCUUAAUUUGUUUUAGGAAUGUUUCAUUUUCUAUGGCCUGAGAAGUUACUGUUCAUCCAGUUGUUGCUUUUCUCACUUUUGGUAGGUGUUUUUUUGCUUUCUGCAGAUGUAGACAAAGGGAACAUAUUUGUAUAAUAUUAUAUUAUAAUGUUUUUCCCCCAGUUGCACUCUUCUUAGUGUGAAAUAAAUUUCCUGUGCAGGUAGUGUUUGCUAGGCAUACGUUCUGAUUAAACAGAGGGGGUAAGGGGAGUGCCAGAAAGUCUGGUAAUGCGUCUCUAAGGGUCAUUUUGAAACAGCUUCGGUUUACUUAGAUACUGUGGUAACCAAAUGUGCACACUACUUCAUGCUGCUAUUUUUAUAUGUCUGGUUUAUCAGUCUUGAGAAUUUGUAAGAGUUAAGAUUUGUUCAAUUCGCAGCACAUAGGCCUAUUGUUCAAUAUUUGAACAGAAUUAAGUAGGCCUAUUACAUAACGCGUUAUUUUGACAUUUUUGAAGGGAUGGAGUUGACCGUCAUUAGGCUACUUGGUCAUGAUGUACAUAAGUUAACUGUGAUUUCGUCUUUUGUCCAGCAAAAUAAUUCAAAAAGAUUUUUGGGAGUUUUCAUAUACUAUUAUGGCUGAGGAGGUUCUUGUGCUCCUAGCUGUAGUUUUCUUAUGAACUGUGGCCAUAUGAUCUAUAGAGUAGGAACCGGGGGGGGGGGGGAAGGAAAUUAUUCUCAGAUCACCUAAAUGUAUAAACAAUUAUCUGUACAUAACUAAGAUAUGACUUCUUCAUAAGUAGAAUUUUAUGCUUCUGGUUGGGGGGGGGGGGGUAAGAACGAUAGUGUUUAGUUAUCUUUGCAGGUUAUGAAGUUUUGAAAAAGGAAGUUUUCUUCCUUCCUUUUUUCCCUCAGUACAUCAGCGCUGGAGAGUGGAAAAAUACACCAACUUGGUGCGAAAAUGUUUUUUGUGGGUCACCUAUUUUGUUCUAGACAAACUUGUUACAAAAAUUUGCUUAAGUUUCAUGAUUCUAUCAAGGACUGCUCAUCUCUCUUUCUAUAUAUAGAGACAAAUGAUUUGAAACAAAGAGCUCAGAAUGGAAACAUGUUCAACUACUGCCACUUUUGAGUUAAGGAAACAGCUUCUGGGGUUAAAUUGCAGACUGCCUUACUUGUCCGAUAAGAUGAAAAGUUAUUGAGGCUCAAAGAAUUGUGGAGUUGUCAUUGAAUAAACAACAUUUUGCAUGCAGCUAUAAUUAUGUUUCAGAGACAGAAUUACAAAGAGCAGAUAAUGCUUUGGUAACUAUUUACUUGUAUAUCGAUUUACAUACAAUACGAUACAUACCUAUAUAUACAUGUUAUACAUAAUAAUGCACUGUGUCUUGCUGAUUUUCCCAUCGUAGUAUGUGCAUUUGUUUUAUGGUCAUUCAUUGUCAUGCUCUGUGAUUGUGAUUCGUUUCAUACUUCUGAGCUUACUUCUUUUACUGUUGUGCAUGACAAUUCUCUUUUUUUUUAAAUAUUAUUUUUGUGGCAUUUCAUGUACGGUAUUCUCUUGAUAAGCAAAAUAAUUUUCUGUGUUCUCUCUUUCCGUUUUCAUACUGCUGAAUAAAAAUGUUUUAAAAAAAAAAAUGCUCAGAAAAGGGUGAAAGAAUCACAUUUUUAUGUUUAUGAAAAGGCAAAAAAAAAAAAGAAAAGUAUAAAAAAUUCCACUUGUGUGAAGAAACCAAAAAAAAUGACAGGAUACUCCCUGCCUGCAACUGUAAAUAGAUAUAUAUGUUUUGCUUUGCGUCCGAUUUGGCAUCUGGAGACAUUAUCAUUUAUUUUUUUUUACCCAUCUUGUCACAUGGUCAGAAAAUAGGAACCUGAUUUCCAUUUCAGCCAUAUGCUACUCAUUUGCCAUGGGGCAAUAUGCCAAUAUUCACUUACUAUUCUUCAGAGUUGUACCAGUGUCUCUAUGAUCAUUUUCUGUUUAAUAAUUCACCUAGUACUUUAAUGGAGAAUGUUUCCUUUUGUUGCUUCUGAUCAUAGGGUAACCAAGAAUAGAUGUUUUGACAAAUGCAUCUUAAAAAUGGUCCAGUUGAUACAUAUGUAAUCAGAUAAGUGACAGUUUUGUUUACUCAGUUUUUGAAAAGUCUUUUCAGCUUCAUGAUACAUUUAAAAACUCACUUUAACAUUGUCAAUGAUGUUUGGAACAAUGCUAAGAAAAAACUCCCAGCACAGAUAAUAAAUAGGAAAAUGAUUUUCUGAAUUUCUACUCUUUUUAAAUGACUUUUUUUUUAUAUGCAAAGGUUACCUCAACAAGCGACAUAUGUUUUGCUGUUCCUGAUAUAUUUCAAGAUGGGUUUUUAACUUGAAGUUGGGGCUGGUUUCGUUUUGGCAGAAAAACUUUUGCUUUUAGGAAACUCUUCAGAACAAAUUUCCCGUCUUUGUUGUACGCCAAUGUUUGUUGUAAUAUUUUAAUUGGAUUUUUAAGAAAAACUAAGAACAUACCACCGAUGACUUUCAUCGCACACAAAAAACAGCUCCUGGUAUUGUGUAUGUAUCACUUUAAUGUGGUGUGCUUUUGAACAUGGCGAUAGUUUUUUUUAAUGAAUCAGUGUUGUUACAUUCAUUUCAGUUGGGUUAUUUUUUUUUUUCUCCCAUUCUCACUUUUUCCAUUUUUUUUCAUUUCUCGUGUCCUAACUGCAUUGCCCAGAGCAGCAGCCCGCGUUGACCCACCGCAAGUGAGGGAGGAGGGAGAGGGCAGCAGAUUGGACCCACAUAUCAGAGACUGGCCCGCCAGAACUGCCAAAUCAUAUGUACAUACGGAAUGUCUUGUUUUUUAGUCACUCGGAGUGAUUGUCCUGUGCCUUCAACGUUGUUCAAGUAGAUUAUUUUAGUCAUUCAGCAAAUAAACGUUUAAAAAAAAGAAAAAAA